CUAGGACGUAGCCGUGCGUAGCUCUGUAAUGUUUUGAUCAAUACACAUGGUGCUGACUUAGUGUUGUAUAGAGAACCUGUGUUUGGCCAAUGUCUCCACUAUGGCCGGUAAACUGGUAACUGCCAUGCUACUGACGACGAUGCACGCACGAGCCUCAACACGUGAGUACAACUACAUUUGGACCUGGUUAAAAUUUGAAGGGUGUGGCGCUGGAUGGGUCGAGUAUACAGGAGGCUGCUUCCUCUUCCAGACUUACCUGUCUACCUUUACAGAAGCUGAGAAUCAUUGCCGCCAACAUGGCGGGCAUUUGACAAGUAUCCAUACCUCGGCCGAAGCUAGUUUUCUGAGAAAGGAAAUCACAGAAGUGUACAGAGGUCUACCAAAAGUCAAACACUCUACGUUCUGGGUUGGUUAUAAUGGACGUGAUGACUGGACAGAUGGGACGGAAGUCAACUACAAGGGCUGGAAUCAGAACACAUCGAGGCCAGAGGACCAAACCCCACAGUUCAUCAGUAUAGGGAGGCACUGGACUGUGGAGACAAAUUCUAUAGCUUUCCAUUACUAUAUUUGUCGGAAAUACCAAGAUAGUAAACAUCAUAUGUAUUGUCCUACGUCGUCUGUCUACAAUCAACUCAAUGGUCACUGCUACGGAUUCGUGGGUAUAAAAGUUACGUGGAAUGAGGCGGAAUUGGCAUGCGCAAAUCUUGCGACACACAACACUUCCGGUUAUUUGGUUACCAUUGACAACUACCAAGAAGUCUUGUUUUUGUCGGCAUUCCCAAGUCAUUUACUACGGAACAGACAGACAUGGGUAAACUAUCAGAAUAUAGGCGGGAACGGUAACUGGAGCAGACGUGACUGUAGCCAUCAAACGUAUGUUCCACAAAAGAGCAUGCGCAACUUUUUGAACGACGGUCGCCGUGGACGUUGUGGCGUACUAGAUACCCUCUCAGACACAUGGACGGCUGACAACUGUUACAAGACUAAAACCGCUUUAUGCGAGUUUGAACCAGGUGAACGGAAAACAAACCAUUCCAGACAGGAUCUCCCCUGCUUAGAGAAUUCACCAGUCAGUGCAUCUACAGGUUCAAUACCGUUCAUCGAUAAAAUCAGAUUAUCUUUACUUUCAACUACAGAUGUUAGUUCACUGGCAUCGCCUACGGUUGUAUUAACAUCUAAACUACAUACUCAAAACACAUGGAGAAUAAAUAUUCAAUCAACCGAAAUGCAGGAGCAAGUCCCAGAAAACAAUUUUCCAAAGUCUAAAAGGGAAGUAAACACCAGUGGGCUUGAUAAAAGUAUGAAAUUAAGUUACCUUUUAGCCAAGAAUUAUCAAUUAGAAAAUAAGGCUUCGGAGACAUUAAAUUCAUCAAUCAACGACGUAAAGACAAACAAUUCGUCUGAAAUUUUUAAUACAAAGAAUAUAUCGAAUACUUUUGCGACGGAAGUGGACAAAAACGAAAACAACACAACAACUUUCUCUGUCACUCCUAAUAUGGUUCACGUGGUUAUAGGGAUUCUGGGUAUAAUUGUUUUUAUCACACUGAUAUGUGGCCUCUUUAUCAAUGAUCUGAAAUCCAUGACGUUGCACAUCGUCAGAGGCGAGGAAGGGAGAGCGAGCAGGGAGGCCCAAUCCCUGCGUCGAUCUAAUCUAACUGUCAACGCAAACUACCAGAACGAACACUCGUUUACACAGAGUUUGUCACUGUCACGGGAGCGCUUGUCUUUUCAAGACUAAAUUGAGGAGGUUUUAACAAUGUUUGUGACUAUGACAAUGUCGCAAUUAGAAAACUAUUAGCAUGUUUUAACGGAAUAUUUUACUUCCUAUAUCCAUCAAGUCGGUCGGAAGAGAUACAGAUGAGAGAUUACAAGGAAUCAACUGAAGACUAUCAUAAAUAAUUACAUAGCUGUACACAAUCUGGAACAACCUUGACAUUACACAUCACCACUUUCCAGUUAAUGGCUGAGUAACUUAUCAGUUUGGUGAACAGUAGGAUCUCUCUAGAUAGAAAAAGUGUACAACUUGUUCUAUGCCAGUCAUAUGAUGACCUAACGUUGUCAAACAGGAUCAUCAUGUACUCAAUUGCUCACAUCCAUUCUGAUAAAAUGAGCACAUACGGAUACAAUUGUUAAAUGUGAUAA